UUUCAGCCUAUAACCUGAAAAUGCUGCUGCUUUUGUUCCUGGCAAUGAUUUGUUUCCAUGUUGGUGUGAACCAAGACUCUGGCCCUGAGUAUGCAGAUGUGGUGUUUCUGGUGGACAGCUCAGAACACCUAGGGAUGAAAUCCUUUCUUCUUGUGAAAACUUUUCUCAACAAACUGAUCAGCAGUCUGCCCAUAGAGACCGACAAGUAUCGUGUGGCCCUGGCCCAGUACAGCGAUGCUCUCCACAACGAGUUCCAGCUGGACACCUUCAAGCACAGGAACCCCAUGCUGAACCACCUGAAGAAGAACUUGGGGUUCAUCGGUGGGUCCCUGAAGAUAGGCAACGCCCUGCAAGAGGCCCACAGGACCUAUUUCUCCACUCCCACAAAUGGAAGAGACAGGAAACAGUUCCCCCCAAUCCUGGUGGUGCUGGCUUCAGCAGAGUCUGAGGAUGAUGUGGAAGAGGCUUCCAAGGCCCUGCGGGAAGAUGGGGUGAAAAUCAUCUCGGUGGGGGUGCAGAAGGCUUCUGAGGAAAACCUGAAGGCCAUGGCCACAUCCCAGUUCCAUUUCAACCUCAGGACUGCCAGAGACCUCAGUGCGUUUGCCCCAAACAUGACACAGAUCAUCAAAGACGUAACUAAAUACCAGGAAGGAAUGGCUGAUGACAUUAUUGUAGAAACUUGCCAAGGCCCUUCUGUGGCUGAUGUCGUGUUCCUGUUGGAUAUGGCCAUUAAUGGCAGCCAGGAGAACCUUGACCAUCUGAAAGCAUUCCUGGAAGACAGUGUCUCUGCUCUUGACAUAAAGGAAAAUUGCAUGAGGGUUGGCCUGGUGGCCUACAGCAAUGAGACGAGGGUGAUCAGUUCCCUCAGCAAGGGCAUCAAUAAGACAGAGGUCCUGCAGCAUAUACAGGGCCUUUCUCCCCGUGUAGGGCAGGCAUACACUGGGGCUGCCCUCAAAAAGGCCAGGAAGGAAGUCUUCAGUGCACAGAGGGGCAGUCGGAAGAACCAGGGGGUACCUCAGAUUGCCGUACUUGUGACCCACAGAGCUUCGGAAGACAAUGUGACCAAGGCAGCUGUCAACCUCCGACGUGAGGGAGUGACCAUCUUUACCAUGGGCAUAGAAGGGGCUAGCCUGGACCAACUGGAGAAAAUUGCAUCCCACCCUGCAGAACAAUUUGCCUCCAAACUGAGCAACUUUUCCGAGCUGGCCACCUACAACCAGACAUUCCUGAAGAAGCUGCGGAAACAAAUCACGCACACAGUCUCGUUCUUCUCAGAAUGGACGGAGACCCUCAAAUCUGCCUGUGUGGAUACAGAAGAAGCAGACAUCUAUCUGCUCAUUGAUGGCUCAGGGAACACUCAGCCCACAGACUUCCAUGAGAUGAAGACCUUCCUGUCAGAGGUGGUAGGCAUGUUCAACAUUGCUCCCCACAAGGUACGGGUUGGGGCCGUGCAGUAUGCUGACACCUGGGACUUGGAAUUCGGGAUCAGUAAAUACACCAACAAGCCUGACUUGGGAAAAGCCAUCGAGAACAUCAGGCAGAUGGGCGGGAACACCAACACAGGUGCAGCCCUGAACUUCACACUGAAGCUGCUGCAAAGAGCAAAGAAGCAGCGAGGAGACAAAGUCCCGUGUCACCUUGUCGUUCUGACAAAUGGCAUGUCCCAGGACAGUGUCCUGGAGCCUGCACACAGGCUGCGAGAAGAAAACAUCCGUGUUUAUGCUAUCGGAGUCAAGGAAGCCAACCAAACACAGCUUCGGGAGAUUGCGGGAGAGGAAAAGAGAGUCUACUAUGUGCAUGAAUUUGAUGCCCUAAAGGACAUAAGGAACCAGGUGGUUCAAGAGAUCUGUUCUGAAGAAGCCUGCAGAGACAUGAAAGCGGACAUCAUGUUUCUGGUGGACAGUUCUGGAAGCAUAGGACCUGAAAACUUCAGCAAGAUGAAGACCUUUAUGAAGAACCUGGUGAGCAAAUCCCAGAUUGGGGCAGACCGGGUGCAAAUUGGCGUGGUCCAGUUCAGCCAUGAAAACAAGGAAGAGUUUCAGCUCAACACAUUCAUGUCCCAAAGUGACAUUUCCAACGCCAUUGACCAAAUGACUCACAUUGGAGAAACAACGUUGACGGGCAGUGCCCUGACCUUUGUGUCCCAGUACUUCAGUCCCAAAAAGGGGGCCCGGCCCAAUGUCAGGAAGUUCCUCAUUCUCAUCACAGACGGUGAGGCUCAGGACAUAGUGAGGGGCCCAGCAGUAGCUCUUCGGAAUGAUGGUGUGAUUAUCUACUCCGUGGGAGUAUUUGGCUCUAAUGUCACCCAGCUCGAGGAGAUCAGUGGGAAACCAGAGAUGGUUUUCUAUGUUGAGAACUUUGACAUUCUGCAGCAGAUUGAAGAUGACCUUGUUCUGGGAAUAUGCAGUCCCCGUGAAGAAUGCAAGCGGAUUGAAGUUUUGGAUGUUGUAUUUGUCAUUGAUAGCUCUGGCAGCAUCGACUAUCAAGAAUAUAACAUCAUGAAGGACUUUAUGAUCGGCCUGGUGAAAAAAGCUGACGUGGGCAAGAAUCAGGUCCGGUUUGGAGCUUUGAAAUAUGCUGAUGACCCAGAAGUGCUGUUUUAUCUAGAUGAGCUAGGCACAAAGUUGGAUGUGAUUUCGGUGCUCCAGAAGGAUCAGCCCAUGGGGGGUAACACUUAUACUGCUGAGGCCCUGGCCUUCUCAGACCACAUGUUCACGGAAGCCCGGGGCAGCCGUCUACACAAGGGAGUCCCCCAAGUCCUCAUUGUGAUAACUGAUGGAGAAUCUCAUGAUGCAGACAAGCUCAAUGCCACUGCCAAAGCCCUGAGGGACAAAGGCAUUCUCGUGUUGGCCGUGGGGAUUGAUGGUGCCAAUAGCUGGGAGCUGUUGGCCAUGGCAGGGUCAAGUGACAAGUAUUACUUCGUAGAGACGUUUGGAGGCCUGAAGGGGAUAUUUUCAGAUGUGUCAGCCAGUGUUUGUAACUCUUCAAAAGUUGACUGUGAAAUUGAAAAGGUUGACCUCGUUUUCCUCAUGGAUGGGUCAAACAGCAUCCACCCGAAUGACUUCCAGAAGAUGAAGGCGUUUCUAGCAUCAGUCGUUCAAGACUUUGAUGUCAGCCUCAACAGAGUGCGCAUAGGAGUGGCACAGUUCAGCGACGACUACAGGUCAGAGUUUCUGCUGGGGGCAUUCACAGGGGAGAAGGAGAUCUCCACACAGAUUGAGAGCAUCCAGCAGAUCUUUGGAUACACCCACAUUGGAGAAGCACUCAGGAAGGUGAGGUCCUACUUCCGGCCAGACACGGGCAGCAGGAUCAACGCAGGCACCCCUCAGGUGCUGCUGGUCCUCACCGAUGGCCAGUCCCAAGAUGAGGUGGCUCAGGCUGCAGAGGAGCUGAGACACCAGGGUGUGGACAUCUACUCAGUGGGCAUCGGGGAUGUAGAUGACCAGCAGCUGAUCCAGAUCACGGGGACAGCAGAGAAAAAGUUGACGGUCCAUAACUUUGAUGAGCUGAAAAAGGUGAAGAAGAGGAUUGUUCGCAGCAUUUGUACCUCGGGUGGUGAGAGCAACUGUUUUGUGGAUGUCGUGGUUGGAUUUGAUAUCUCAAGUCAGCAGAGAGGGCAGACUUUACUCGAAAGUCAGCCCUGGAUAGAGGCCUACCUCCAAGACAUCUUACGUGCCAUCAGCUCUCUCAAUGGGGUGAGCUGUGAAGUGGGCACAGAGACUCAGGUGAGCAUCGCUUUUCAAGUGACAAAUGCUAUGGAAAGAUACCCUUCCAAGUUUGAGAUCUACAGUGAGAACAUACUGAGCAGCCUGCAAGGAGUAACAGUGAAUGGCCCAUCUCGCCUCAAUGCAAACCUGCUGAAUUCUCUGUGGGAUACUUUUCAGAAUAAGUCCGCUGCUCGAGGGAAGGUGGUCCUUCUAUUUUCAGAUGGAUUGGAUGAUGACAUUGAAAGGCUUGAACAGAAAUCUGACGAACUCAGAAAGGAAGGUUUGAAUGCCCUCAUAACCAUUGCUGUGGAUGGAGCUGCUGAUACCAGUGACCUGGCUGACCUUCUCUACAUUGAAUUUGGGAAAGGAUUUGAGUACAGAACACAGUUCACAAUUGGUAUGAGGAACCUUGGGAGUCAGCUGUCAAAGCAACUAAUCAAUGUUGCAGAAAGGACCUGUUGCUGUUUGCUCUGCAAGUGCACAGGAGGGAAUGGCGCCAUGGGGGAUCCAGGCUCAGCAGGCAAAAAGGGACCCCCAGGUUUUAAAGGCAGUGACGGCUACCUGGGAGAAGAGGGCGUUGCUGGAGAAAGAGGAGCUUCUGGACCAACGGGAGAACAAGGUACUAAGGGAUGCGUUGGUGCCAAAGGGCCUAAGGGGACCAGAGGACUCAGUGGAGAAGAGGGAGAAGCUGGGGAAGACGGGAUUGAUGGAUUAAAUGGAGAACAGGGUGACAGUGGGAUUCCUGGAAGAAGAGGAGAAAAGGGUGAUGAGGGAUCUCAGGGAAGCCCAGGCAAGAGAGGGACUUCUGGUGACCGUGGUGCAAAAGGUCUUCGAGGAGAUCCAGGACUUCCUGGGCUUGACAGUAGCGUACAAGGACCCAAGGGCUUGAAAGGAGAUCAGGGAAGGCAGGGUAGAAGAGGCUGGCCAGGCUCUCCUGGGACACCAGGCUCAAGAAGAAAGACGGUAGUUCAUGGCCGAAGGGGACAUACAGGCCCACAGGGAAAUCCAGGCAUUGCAGGCCCAGAUGGACUUGAAGGUUCACCGGGACCUAAGGGCCCUCAGGGCCCACGAGGAGAGGCUGGUGACAAGGGAGAAAAAGGAUUUCUAGGACUGAAAGGCCCCCAGGGGCCUCCAGGACCCGGAGGACAAGCGGGGAAUCAAGGCCGGUUGGGAAGCCAAGGAAGUAAAGGCGAUCCUGGAGACCUAGGGGUAAAGGGAGCUGCCGGCCUUCCGGGUCCUCGGGGCCUGCAUGGUGAUGAUGGCAGCCCGGGAUAUGGUAGCAUUGGCCGCAAAGGGACAAAGGGGCAAGAAGGAUUCCCUGGAGAAAGUGGACCAAAGGGUGAAACUGGGGAUCCUGGGGAUCCAGGAGAGGCUGGUCCCAAGGGAGCCAGAGGCAAAAUGGUGUCUGCUGGGCUUCCAGGAGAGCCAGGAUCCCCCGGUGAGCCAGGACCCCCUGGACGGAAGGGCAUGAAGGGGGCCAGAGGACUGGCUUCAUUUUCAACAUGUGACCUCAUUCAGUAUGUGCGGGAACACAGUCCUGGAAUGCACUAAAAACCCGAGUGCCCGGUGCAUCCAACUGAGUUGGUGUUUGUCCUGGACCAGUCCCGGGAUGUCACAGAGCAGGACUUUGAGCGGAUGAAGGAGAUAAUGGCUUCCCUAGUUAGGGAUGUCAAGGUCAGGGAGACCAGCUGCCCUGUGGGUGCACGUGUGGCCAUCCUGUCCUAUAACUCCCACACCAAGCACCUCAUCCGCUUCUCAGAUGUCUACAGGAAGGACCAGCUGCUUAGGGAAAUUGGAGCUCUUCCUUAUGAGAGAUCCCUUGACAGCAGGGAUAUUGGCAAAGCCAUGAGGUUUAUCUCUAGGAAUGUCUUCAAACGAACCCUACCAGGGGCUCAUGUGAGGAAAAUUGCCACAUUUUUCAGCAGUGGCCAGUCGGCCGAUGUCCAGUCCAUCACCACAGCUGCCAUGGAGUUCAGUGCCCUGGACAUUGUGCCAGUGGUGAUUGCAUUCAGCAAUGUGCCCUCCAUCAAGCGUGCCUUUUCGAUUGAAGACACUGGCACAUUCCAAGUCAUUGUGGUUCCCUCCGGGACUGACAUGGCGCCAACAUUAGAGAAACUCCACCGGUGUACUUUCUGCUAUGACCUAUGCAAGCCAGAUGCUUCUUGCGACCAAGCCAAACCACCCCCGAUCCAGUCCUACCUGGAUGCAGCAUUCCUGCUGGACAGCUCCCGGCACGUGGGGAGUGCAGAAUUUGAAGACAUGACAGACUUUCUGGAGGCACUGCUAGAUCACUUUGAAGUCACUCCAGAGCCAGAGACAUCUGUCACUGGAGACAGGGUGGCCCUACUAAGCCAUGCUUCCCCCAACUUCCUACCCAACACCCAGAGGAGUCCAGUUAGAACUGAGUUCAACCUAACCACCUACGGCAGUAAGCGCCUCAUGAAGAGGCACGUGGAACAAGCGGUCCAUCAGCUGAAUGGAGACUCCUUCCUCGGCCAUGCCCUCAGGUGGGCUCUGGACAAUGUCUUUUUAAACACACCCAACCUGAGGAGAAACAAAGUCAUAUUUGUGAUAUCUGCUGGGGAAACCAGCCACCUGGAUGAGGACACCUUAAAGAAAGAGUCCCUACGAGCCAAAUGUCAGGGCUACGCCCUCUUUGUGUUUUCCUUGGGCCCUGACUGGAAUGACAAGGAACUGGAAGACCUGGCCAGCCACCCUGUGGACCAGCAUUUGAUCCAGCUGGGUCGGAUUCAUAAACCUGACCAUGGAUACGGUGUGAAGUUUGUGAAGUCCUUUCUAAACUCCGUUAGGCGUGGAAUGAACAAGUACCCUCCUGUCAGCUUCAAAGCUAAGUGCAACAGACUUGGCCCUACAGGUCCAAAGCCGUCCCCACGCCAGCUUCGAAGCUUUGUUCCGGGACCACAGAAAGCUAUCCUCAAAGACUACACAUCAGAGGUGGCAAAGCGCUUUCAAGAUAAAAGACGCCUUUCAAGUGCACUGAGAAAUGGCCGAGAUGCUAUUUCAAGUCUUUCCAGAAGCACAUUCUAUGCCUUUAAACGUGGGAAAGGAGUGACAAAAGUCACUUCUACACAUGGCUCAUGAAGGGAUUGAACAGCUAGCCUUAGGAAUUU